AUGGUGGACAUGCAUAAACUGAUCUAUGGGAAUCAUCAUCGCAGCUAUACCCCCCGCCGCCAUGCUCUCGCCAGCCGGCGCCGUACUACCCACCAUAAUGCAAUAGAAGAACAGCCCACGGGCAUCGAUGCCAAAACCGUAACCUUAGUUGCCAUGCGCAUCAAAUACCUCGUCGAAGAAACCGUUCCCUGCGAACUCGACGAAGAUCAAAUCACCAGACCUCAUUCCGCAAUAAUCAACAACAAUAUCAUCGAGUUAGCCCGGAACGCCGGAGGAGACGAGAAUAAGUCGUGUGUAAUAUACUGUCUUCUCGUCUGCCUCGAAUGGUUCCGUUGGCAAUCCAAGAAAGAACUUUAUGACGCGGAUCUAGGACAAUUGCGUGCUGUGGCUUGUCAGAUACUUGCGAAGAGAAUCAUUGAAUCUACUGAUGACCAGGAUUACCUAUUUCAAGAACUCCUUGUCAAACGAUUCAGUCACUUACAGAAUAGUGAGAGAACGGAUCCUAUGAGUGCUGUCGAAAGGGCCGUGGAUCUUCACGCUUUGGAUGUCAUCGGUUCCUCUGGUUAUCAGAAGUGUAUAAAAUACCUCUGGAACGGAUGGAUCAUUCAAGAUGAACUCGACCCUACGCAAUUCGUAUGCUACGAUAAACUCACGUCGGUAAACUACUGGAACCACGUACACCCGGACCGUCUCAAAGCUCCAGCCUACCAGAAUGCAUUUCAAAUACUUGUUUCGUUCAUUUAUUUGGCGUUGUAUACCGCUGCUAUCAAUACCGUAAACCCGGAUGGAGAUAUUGACAUUGUCGAGGGUAUUCUGUACGUCUUCACUGUAGGAUUCAUCUUCGAUGAGGCUGCAAAGUUUUGGAAAGUCGGACGAUGGUAUCUCGGAUUUUGGAACGUCUUCAAUUGUAUUCUAUAUACCCUCAUGACUACAUCUUUCGUCCUUCGCUGCGUAGCCCUUUCCGAGCCAAUAGACACACCGGAUCGGAUAAAAUAUAAUGUCCUCAGUUACAAUUUUCUUGCAUUCUCCGCCCCCAUGUUCUGGUGCCGAGUUCUGCUUUAUUUGGAUUCAUUCCGCGUCUUUGGCGCUAUGCUCGUAAUCCUCAAGCAAAUGUUCCAGGAAACCUUCAUCUUCUUCUCUUUACUAAUCAUCAUCAUGGUCGGAUUUCUCCAAGCCUUCAUCGGCCUCGACAAUACCGACGCGGAAGAAGCACCACCAAUGACCGGCUUCAUCUUCCGUACAAUGACGAAUGCCAUCCUUCAAUCCCCCGAAUUCGACAGUUUUGAUAAAUUCUCCCCACCGUUUGGAAUGAUUCUCUACUAUAUCUUCACAUUCGUCAUCAUGGUCUUGCUGCUUAACAUCCUUAUCGCACUAUUUAACAGUGCCUACGAAGAUAUCACCGGUAAUGCAACCGACGAAUUUAUGGCUUUGUUCGCUCAAAAGACCCUUCAAUUCGUCCGCGCUCCUGAUGAAAACGUCUUUUUACCCCCAUUCAAUUUAAUCGAGGUCUUCUUCCUCGUAAUCCCCUUCGAAUGGUGGAUGGACCGUAAACGAUACGCAAAACUCAAUGACCGAGUUCUCAGCGUCUGCUACCUCCCCCUCCUCUUCAUCUCCGCUUUGGUAGAUACCCGCAACGCCCGCCACAUCGCCCACAACCGCGCCCACGGCCAACCAGACGACGACGAACGCGAAGAAUGGGAAGAACUCGACAAUCACGCCGACUUUGAGAACUCAGAUUGGAAGGAGAAAGUCAAGAAUGCUGUUCCAAAUGUAGAGGAGGAUAUUAGUACGCAGGAGAUCAAAAAGGUUAGAAAGGAACUGCAAGAUUUGGUGGAUAAGAUUGAGAAGGCCGGGUUAUUAAGGGUCGAAGUUGAGGAUUUGUUGAAGGAAGAUACGCCGGAGGCUAUUAGGGCGCCUGAUGCUGAGUAG